AUGUCACAGGCUAGCAAAAAUACAUUAAUUAAACUAAUAGUAGCAGCAGGGCAAGCUGCACCAACUCCACCAGUUGGUCCCGCAUUGGGGUCCAAGGGGAUAAAGGCAAUUGAUUUUUGCAAAGAGUUUAACGCAAGAUCAUCAAUAUACGAGCCCAGUACGCCAAUUCCAGUCCUUAUAACAGUAAAGCCUGAUAGAACAUUUAAGUUUGAGAUGAAAUCACCGCCUACAGGAUACUUACUGCUCAAAGCACUGGGAUUAGAGAAAGGUGCUGAAAAACCGAAUGUUUUAAGCAAAGAUAAAACCAUUGGCCAAUUGUCAUUGAAACAUAUCUAUGAAAUAGCAAAAAUUAAGAAAACCGAUGAAAGACAUAAUCUUUUAGAAAUGAAGAGUAUCGUUAAGUCCAUUAUCGGCGUGGCUAAAAGCAUGGGAAUUAAUGUUAUACCGUAA